AUGUCCAUUUUUUAUUAUUACAUUCUUAGGCUUAGAGAUAACCAGCAAAAUGCUCUGAGACGACGUUUAAUAAGGAAUUCAAUUAACAACUCACAAUCUUCAAACGGCAUAAUCCUCAUUGGAGUCAUCCUGAUAAUGAUGUUUUUCCUCAUUGACGUCAUCAUCACCGUCAUAAUUAUCUACACCAACGUAUGCGAUUCUGUGGUGGACUCGUUCGGGACUGCUCUGCCCGCCAGUGGUGAGUUGGAUGUGAUGGUGGUGGGAGAUGUUUGCUGUUGCGUGAAAUGUAAUGCUGAAAUAUAUUGGGAUAAGAUGGGAUACAUUGGGAUCAGAUGGGAUACAGUGGGAUGCGAUAGGAUAUGCUGGGAUCAGAUGGAAUAUAUUGGAAUAUGA